GACAGCAGGCAGACCGGGUCGACCGAGUGCACGCGUGCACAUUGACUCCGAAUAUACGUGAUUAUGCACGAUGCGUGCGCGCCAUGUCGUCGUGAAGGAGCGACGGCAGCCAGUGCGGUGAGCGAGCGCGUUGCGCGUCUCGCCAAGUGAUACGGAGUGCGCGGCAGCCAGAUCGUGCGGUGACGUGCGAAGUGAGGUGCGGAAACGAGGGAAGAAAGAAGAAGAGGAAAAAAAAAGAACGGUCGUCGUCACCGGCAACGGCCGCGCGUCUCGCAUCUCGUUCGUACGCGCUCGGCGGUACUGUGUCGCAAAGGGGCGACGUGUGCGCGGGGCGGAAGGAGGAAAGAGAGAGAAGAGGCAAAAUCGCGGUGUUCGUCUCGCAUGUCCGCUAAACCGCCACGCGAAUUCGGAUCAGCCUUGAUCGAGACAUCGUAGAGUGACUACGGUCGAAAGAAUGGAGGCCAUGGAUGUGGAUGGGGAUUCAGUGGUGGAUUUGAGCAUCAGCAGUAGUGGUAGGCGCAAUUCCCCAUCCCUUUCUGUGAAUUCUGGUGACAUCCCGUUAGACUUAGGGGUUCACUUUUCCACCGGUUCCAAUUUGGAAAACAACAUGCCAGAAGCACGUAAUAUACAGAAUGCAACUCGGGGCAUUUUGGCUCCUAAACGAUCGCAUGGAGAUGAACGUAAACCUCGUCGUAAUCUUAGACCUAGAAUCGAGAGGAGCUACGCCGAGAGUCCCGAUGAACCUAGGAUGAACGGCUAUUUAAAUGGAAACGCAUCGGACAGCGAUGAAGGCGACAUGCCCCCGUUGGUCCCAAUCAAAGAAUUGUCGUCCGACGAGCUGGCUGAACGUGAAAGAAUGCUCAGAAAAUAUAAAGAAGAGCUCAAAUCGGAAGAAAUGAAAUUAGUGCUUCUAAAAAAGUUGCGUCAAUCUCAGCAACUGAAAGAGAACAUCGCGGCAGCACCGAAGGUUCUCAAUAAAUUACCACCGCCAGUAGCGACACAGCAGGUACCCCACAGAGCAGGGAAAGCGCCCCCGCCUUUGCUUAAGGGUCAGCCCGCACCAAGCAGAAGUAGUAGUUUACACGCUCCACCACCUGGCAUGGUACUACCUCCUACCGCUGGUCGAAAUACCAUUCCGAGUACAGGGAUGCCUCCGAAUAUGGUGAUACCACAACCACCUCAUCCUAGAGGAAGACCACCUACUGUACCAGCAGCAACUGUUUCCAGUUAUCAUGCGCCGACAGAUAGAACAGAGAGAUCUACAAAGGAUCCAACACCGGCGCCAGCGCAUCAAGUAAGUAAGCUGCUUGCUGGAUCGCAAGAAAAUAAAACCACCGCAUCCUUAAGCACACCUGUGAAUUCGGAACAGGAUAGAACAGCGCGGGAAGAAACACCUGCUCAACGUCAAGCAGCUGCCAAAAUGGCUCUGAGGAAACAGCUCGAGAAAACACUGUUACAAAUACCACCGCCGAAACCGCCACCUCCAGAGAUGCACUUUGUACCGAAUCCUUCCAAUACGGAAUUCAUUUAUCUGGUCGGUUUGGAACAUGUAGUCGAUUUUAUAACGAGGGAACCGGCUAUACCACCACCUCCCGAACCAUUUGAGUGCUCACAAUGCAAAACAGAUUUCACACCUGUAUGGAAAUGGGAGAAACCCAUGCCUGGUGGUAAGAAAGACAGUCCCAGAGGACAACAUGCAACUUUCCAGCGACCAUCAGCGGGUCGUGAUCCGAGAGUCAUAUGUGAACACUGUGUUACAACCAAUGUCAAGAAAGCACUGAAAGCAGAGCAUACUAAUCGAUUAAAAACUGCUUUCGUGAAAGCGCUACAGCAAGAGCAGGAAAUAGAGCAAAGGUUAGCACAAGCGGCAUGUCCAAGUCCAGAUCCUCCCGCUCCAAAACCAGUUCCUAAGGCAGCAACUCCCACAAGAAGAGUAGCUACACCGCCUGCACCUCCGCCGCAGGUACCACCGGCACCCACGUUGACACCGACGCCUCCCGCGCCAAAGCUGCAGGAGCAUCCCUUGGUGAAACUGGCUGAAAGCGGAAAGUUCGGUCCGCAUCAUGCAGCUGCUGCGGCUGCCUUGCAACAGCAAUUGAUCAGAGAAUUAACGAAGAAUCCAGUAACAGGUCUACCUGGACCACAUCAGCCCCUUCCUGCUCACAUGAUGCCGCAUUUUACCUCGAUAUUGUAUCCGUAUCAAUUAGCGAUGGCUGCUGGUGGUAAAGGCCUCGUAGAGUUACAACGACAAGCGGCGGAUCUUCAACGUCAAUAUCUGCUCGACAUGAUUCCGUCGCAAGCGUCUCAAGCACAAGGCAAUCAAGCACCACCGAGAGCCCACCCACACAACUGGAAAACGUAACCGGACGCAUUUAAGGGAUGAUGUAGCAGUAAAUGCGAAUAGAUGAAACAGUGAAUCUGUGUAAUGGAAGAUGAAAAAAGCUAAGGGAAGAAUCCAAUAAAGUGUGCAGUUGAUCGUAAUUUUGUGCGCCUGAACGCUACGCUAUGCCAAUCGCAACAUUAGUGUUUCAGUUAAGAUGAAGCUCAACUUGAAAUAUGUCAGAAAAAUGACAUUCGUUAGUAUUGUAUAAAGAAUAAUUAAUCGUUGUGAAUAUG